AUGCCAUUUGAUGAUAAUAUAAUUCACAAUAUUAAGAGUAAGGAUGAUCAUUCUACUGAAGAAAAAAUAUUAGAACCAGUAUCUAAAAUUACAGAUCAUGAUGCUUUAAAAGCUUUGGAUUUAAUUGAAAU